CGCGACACGUGCCGGGAACGUGCCGUGCUGAGCGGCGAGGGACCGAUGGAGCCCGACGGCGCGACUGCAAAUGAGACACAAACAGAAUCUUUAUCUUCGUCUCCCAACGCUAUGUCACCAGUGCCAUUGAAUAACCCAACCGGUGCACCAAGGUUUGGAACAGUUACUCCAAAUCGCAUCUUUGUUGGAGGAAUUGAUUUUAAGACCAAUGAACAUGACCUGAGGAAGUUUUUUGCUCAGUAUGGCUGUGUCAGAGAGGUGAAGAUAGUAAAUGACAGAGCUGGAAUAUCAAAAGGGUAUGGUUUCAUUACUUUUGAAACUCAGGAAGAUGCACAGAAGAUACUACAAGAGGCUAAAAAACUUAAUUACAAGGAUAAGAAGUUGAAUAUUGGACCAGCAAUAAGAAAACAGCAAACACGGAUUCCUCGUUCUAAUGUGAUACCAGAAGGUGGUACAAUGUACUUAACGACUUCAAGUGGAUAUCCUUAUAUUUACCAUAAUGGAGUGGCUUAUUUUCAUACUCCUGAAGUUGCUUCUGUUCAGCAGCCAUGGCCAUCACGCACUGUUUCCAGCUCACCUGUGGUUUUAACGCAACCAGUUUAUCAGCCUCCUACUUGCCAUUAUCAGGCACCAACACAGUGUCUUCCAGGUCAGUGGCAGUGGUCUGUUUCACAGUCUCCAACCUCUUCGCCUUCGUUGUUUUAUCUGCACCCAUCUGAAGUUAUUUAUCAGCCAGUAGGGAUUGCCCAGGAAGGUGGUUGCGUACCUUCUCCUUUCCUUCUAGUGGAAGCUGCAGUUCCUGAGCCAUUUUCUGAUCAUGGAGUUCAAGCAACCCCUCACCAGCCUUUUGCCCAGAAUGCUGUAGCCAUGCCUGCACCUGUGAGUCAAACUAAGCAAGUUAAAGGGUGUAUCUUUGCUGUCCCUAUGGUUUUUAUCCAGUGGAAUAUUUUGGCCAACAUUGAAAGCAGUGUGGAGCAUUCACUAUUAAGCACUUUGGGCAGCUUUAGUGUACCUGUUCUGAUUUUCUUGUCCAGUCCUUCCAGUGUGGCUGAGAUCAUCAACAUACCAGCUAGCAGCUGCCUGUUGUGAAGCUUAGGGAACCAAGGUUGCAUUCUGUGAGAAGAAAUUUUUCACAUCUGUUGUCUCCGUGAGUCUGAAACCUUGGUAUACAAGAAGUCCCCAUUUUCAUCCUAGAAAAGAUUACAGACUGGAAGAUAGAAUUCUUACACCACCUUUACCUACAGACUCUGUAAAAUAGAUUUUUAGCCAUCCCAUUUGCUGGCGUUCCUAUCACGUGGAGGAAGUGUCGUUCCUGACUUGUAACAUUUGCCUGGAUGUGCCUAAAUGAAAAUGCCGUUAGCUUUUGUAAAGGAAGAACAUUUGGUUUUGCAGUUUGGACAGGGAAACACCCAAAACUGUGUUUUUAUUCUAUAUAGCCUUUCUUAAUAAAAAUACUUUCACUGGACAAAAUUGUAAUUUCUAGUAUGCAGCCUACUAUUUAGAUACGGAUUACUUACAUAGAUUUAAUAAAAUAUGCCAUUUUUCAAGGGAAAAGUUACUUUUCAUUUCUGGACUAUAUAGAUCUAAAAGAUUUGUUAGUAAAGGUGGAAACGCCAUCUUCCCCACAUACUAACAGCAUUUACCUGCUAUGGAUUAAAAUGUGGUUAUUUAAAUCUGUAUUGCAAUAGUUUUUGUUUAUUUUUGAUUUUUUUUUUUUCAAUUGGAAUUCUCUGCUUUUAUAAGAUAUCUUCACUUGUUGUGUCGUUUUAGUGCUGGAGGGUAAUAACUUGAAAGUUUGAACCACUAGUUUAAUGAUUGGUUACUUUCAUAGGAGGGUGAUGUUUUUCUGGUACACAGAAAGCAAUAUAUUUGGGUUUCUGCUAUGUUUUAAUUUACAGAAGAAGACAAGAAUCGACUUAAUUCUCUGACAAGGCCAUUUAGAAACUUCCCCUUACUGCCUUCAAUUUUUCUGUUGUCUGAGCAAGGCUUUAGGAACUCGAUGGCAGUGCCAUGAAUGGAGAUGGAACGCUCUGUAACCUCAGCUGCAGAAAGUGACUUAUUCUCCUUGCUUCUCCCCUCACCCCCCUUGAAUACCUUUCAUAUUUUGUAAAACUUGCAUUCUUCAAAGACACAGCCUCAGUGUACUUAAUAGCAAAAAGAAUCUAUAAUGACUUUAUUGUCAUGUAUGUAUAAUAUCCUGGAGCUUUCAAUUUAUCUUCUCUAUAGAAAUUUGCUUUUUCGUUGUUGGGGUGGUUUUUUGUUUAUUUCUUCUGCUUUUGAAGCACUCAGGGAUCCUACACAGUGGGCAUUACUUUCAGCCACUAAACUGUGUGUAAUAGGUAAAUACCUUAACGGUGAUUCUGAUAGCCAGUAGCAUCUCUUUGUGUUAUACAGGAAAAAAGAUGGAGUCAGAUGCUGUUCCUACACUGGUUUGGAAUUAUAUGAAAGGAGAUGCCACACACAGUCAUUUUAUUUAUUGUGUUGGUUGUAUGUUUGCUGAAGGUGUUUUCCAUGUUUUGCUAGGUAGAAAGAAAUCUAGGCAAUAUGAUUUCAACUUUUUGUUCAUUUGUUUUUAAAGUAGUAGAAACUACUGUAGAAACUGGGAGAUUGUUGGGCCCAAUAAGUAUCAGAUACUUGCAACUUGUUUGCAUGUUUUUGAGGGGGAAAAUAGUUGCUGUAGCUUGUCCUGUCUCUGAGCCGUCCAGCUGGCUUCUAUUUGAUGCAGAUUUUAGAAUUAGAUUUUAGAAUUCAUCAGUAUAAAAGUUACAGAAAUAUUGAUGCAUCCUAACAAUAAGUCAUUUCUGUGGAAGAAUUUCUGUGUAGUUGUGGUAUUGUUGUAAAUGCUGGAAUGGCUCGGAAGGAGUCAAAGGAAAGUGCUGUGUUCUGUUAGAGCCUUAUUUGCUCUGUCAUGAAACAAAAGCUCAUUUGACUCAAGGCUGAGAAUAUUUAGUCCUAAAUCCUUAUUUUUGACAUUUGCAGUUUCAGUUUACAAAUAGGAUUUACCUGUUUCUGUAGUGGCUUACAGAUGGAAGAGGUCAAGUUCACAGCAAGUACUGUAUUGGGGAAGUCUUCUAAACGGAUUGCUUGAAAAUGUACGACUCUAGUGCAGUCAUUUGUCCAUCUAUCAGAUGGAGUGGCAUCUAAUGCAAAUAAAAAAAUGUCAUUCAUUUCCAUUUGUUGGGACAGGUGGUAAAUUAUUGCUAAAUGAGUUGAUUUCCUGGCCUUUGUUUCAAAGAACAUUUACUUCAUUUUACCUUGCAUGUGAACUUGAUCAUUUGGAAGCAUGUUCAGCAUUGGGCACAGAAGUAUUCCCGGGUGUUCUUUUACAGGCUCUCUAACUUAGUCUGGAGACGUUGUUUGUGAAGGUUAUGCCACCAUUUUUUAACAGUGUUUAGAUUUGAUCUGAGAUCUCUAGAGGGGAAAAAAAAAAUAAAAAAUGAACCACCAAUUUUUGGCCUUCCUCCAGGAAUUACCAGUAACUGUUGAAAUACUGAGGGCUUUCCAAUGACAUUGUAACUUCUCUUUCUUUAAAAUGUCUGCCAACGAUGAUGGCAUAAUACCAGUUACUAGGAAGUGAACUUCUAAGCUUCCUGUAGUUGAAUCCUUUCUUAGACACAGUGGAGGCACAGUAACCAGCUUUUGUAGUUUGUGCAGGAAUACAUUGGUGAGAUGCACUAAGAAUGAACUGUACAAUUUUUUCUCACAAGUGCCUAAAAUUGCAUUAUUUUGACAUCACAGCUUUCAGCACUUUUUUUAUUUCUUAAACUUUACACUGUUACUUUCCUACUGUUUAAAGUCAUCAUAAUACGGCGAUUCUUUACUGAAGUCAUCCAGUUAAGUGUAGAAAAGUGGGGUCUUCAUUUGGGUUUUGGAGAACAGCAGUGCUUCGUUUGGGCUUCUGCAGGCCUUAUAUAUGUUAAGAGAGAUUGGAGCAGAUGGAGCAGACUGUGCUCCCUGGAUGCCCACUAGCUAGCGGUAUGUCUUUGUGCACUGCUUGUCACAUAUUAGCAAACGGAAUUAACACCCUGAUUCUCACUUGCUGAGAAUUUAGUGACCCUGCCAGUAUUGUUUUCUGAGCUAACUUUCACAGUAUUUCUAGUGAUUGUUGUUUGUUUAAUGCUACAUAUCCAUGGCAAAAUGCUAGUUCUGACGUUGUGCUAAGUGACACUAACAACCCCUAGACGUACAGGAGAGCUACAGAAGUUAUCACCUGUAUUUUUAUGUAUUUGAUCAGGGAUUCACUUAUGCAUUAAGUAGAAUUUUCUAGUUCCUUAAUGUUUUGGGUUCCUGCUGCUUCUGAUCCUGUGUACUGGAAGUCUGUUCAUCAUCCCUGUAAGCUAUUUAGUUUUUUGCUUACUUAUGUUUGAUUAUUUCUGUUCUGAUAUUCGUUUCUCAAAAUAGUCAAUGAGCAACUGCAUUCCAGUAGUAACUGAACAAAACCUGACAGAACACAUGGCUUUCUAAAAAUGUUUUCCUGUUUUUAGCAGUUUUUAAAUGUAAGUAGUUGUAUGGUUGUGAAAUAGUUGAAAGUUUUUGAGUGUAAAUAUAACAGUAAAAUGGGUUUGUGGCUUUGUAAUGUUGAACAGAUACAGUAGUUUAAAUGCACCUGGUAUACAAUUUUCUUCACUUCUGUUUCCUUUUUAAAAGAUGCACAUUGUGUAUCGUUAUAUUAAAGAUCAAAAAUGUCAGUGUCUUGAUACACUUGUACAAUCCCAUACAGCUUUAGUGUAGAAAGUCUGAGUGGAAAUACAGAAAGCAGAACAGUAAUAUGUGGCUCUUAUUUGAGCAAUGUUUAACAUUGCUCCUGAGAUGUAGUGGGAAAGUGCACGUCUUACCAGGCCACCUUGGACUUCUUGAGCCACAAAUAAUUAGAAAAUACUGAAGCGAAUUUUGAGGGCCUCACAUGGUCAUUCUAUAUCUCUGUUCACCAAUGGAGUUGUUGUCUACAUAAGUGUGUACAUUUUAAAAAUAUAUAUUUAAUUGUUUUUAAAUCAGAUAAUUAAAAACACAUUCUAAAAUGUGUGGUUUCAUAUAAUCACAGUUGUUACAUUUGAUACUGUAUUGCAGGUACAGAAGAUCUAUUUAAUACAGCCUUGUUAAGUGAGAUGUGCAUAGAUAAAAAUGUGUAAUACAUGUGUAGGUCUCAGAGAAUUGUUAGCAGCUUUACAGAUCCAAAGCUCUUUCUGUGUGCGAUAUAGCAGUUAAAAAUAGAAUAAAUAGUGGUUUUUAGCAUUUCACAAAGUUCUGGUUUGGUAACUGGGAGUUUAAUGUAUAUACAUUGGUCCCUAUCUACUGUUUUAAUUGUCAUUUUUUGUUUAUUGUAGCACAGAUGAGUAAUUUAAACAGUUAUAGAAAAAUGUUAAGAAUGGAACUG